GCUAGCUAGCACAAAAUCACGCCUUCCCAUUCCACGCGUGAACCCUCUUUCUCAUGCUACCUCUCCAACAUUAUUCUCAAAACCCAAUAUACAUAUAUAAGUCAGAAGCCCUCUCCUCUCUAUAGGUCUCUUGCUACCUUCAUUGUAUUUGUAUUCAUCUUGAAGCUACCGGAAGCAUGUCUAUUGUGGAGGUGAGAGUUCCAAACCUUGAUUGUGAAGGAUGUGCUUCCAAGGUAAAGAAAGCUCUCUUCAAACUCAAAGGUGUGGAGGAGGUGGAAAUAGAAAUGGAGAUCCAGAAGAUAAUUGUGAGAGGGUAUGGGUUGGAGGAAAAGAAAGUGGUGAAGGCUAUUAAGCGAGCUGGAAAAGCAGCAGAGCCAUGGCCCUUUCCUGGAUACUCUCAUUUUGCCUCAUUUUACAAGUACCCUACCUACAUUGUCAACCAUUAUUACGACACGUACAAAAAUGAAACCACCACCGGCGUACACACCUUCUUCCACACUCCAUCAGUUUAUUCGGUAGCCGUGGCAUCCGAUGAGGCCAUCGCUUCGCUUUUUAGCGACGACAAUCCACAUGCCUGCUCCAUCAUGUGAUUAAUAGUUUCAAUUUUG